UCUGUCCUGACGUAAACGUUUGUGGAAAAGAAGCGGCAUUAAUCAAUCGUCGUUUUUCGUCACUCAGAAAAUGUCCCAGCUCAUCUACGGAAAGUCAGUCUCUACUUUCCAGUCUAAACUGAAAUCUGGUGAUCAUCCAUCACCAGCCCAGGAUCCUGAUAAAGUAACAAACGAUGACACCUCAGAGGAGACAUUGUCAUUUGUGACACUGCAGGAUAGCAAUGGACAGCAAAGUGAGGACUCCGGCAUCAACAUUUCAAACAGCCUGGAUGGAGGGGACUUACGCUGUAUGUCCAGUGAGGAGACUACUUCCUUAGCUCUGAGUUCAAGUAUAGAGGAGAUCGGGAAGAAGGCACAGGAUCUGAUAGAGAGAAUUAACCAGAGCCGGGCCAUGGACCAGGAAAUCAUGACCAGCUUUGAUAACAAGUUAAUUAAUAAGGUGAGUGAGGUGUGCCAGCAGAUAAAAGAGCAGAUGUUCAGGAGCUAUGAUGAGCAUAGCUGUGGCAUGGAGGCCAAUUUGCUGGAGCUGUCUGAGGUACUGGAGAGGAGCAGUCGCCUCAGUAUGGAGCUGCAGGAAGCCAGUCAGACCCUGUCAGCCAUCAACAACAGUCUGCAGAAGGCGGUUGAGCAGUGACAUUUUAGCCAGAUGUUACAUUGUUAGAACUGCUUCAUAGCGUCCCCACUUCUAGGAGUACUUGUGUCAUAUAAGCAAUAUCUUAUCUUUUA